CUAUUUACGCUUUUCUUUAUCUACGGCAAAGAUUGAAUUGGAUAUAAACAUACAAAUACAUUUUUCUGUUGUAUCAGUCAGUCACUGUUGAAAACGCUAAAAUUUUUCCAUCAACAAACAUCCCGCUGUGUGAUCGCGUUGGGCAUUAUUAGAUUGUCUUGUCUCAAUACUGGAUACGUUAUUUUUAAUUCGACAGUUGAAGCCAAACCUUUGACUUUAUAAUUCUCAAAUUUAGGAUUUACUUUAGUCAUAUAACUACCUUACAUCGAAUAGAAAAUCAAAAUGAUGACAAAAGAUGAACGCAAACAAGAGAGCAAAACUUCUGAUGUUGAUACUAUUAUAUUGAACUAUAGAAUUGAUGAAACGCCGCCAUGGUAUCUCGCUUUGUUUUUGGGAUUUCAGCACUAUCUUACAAUGUUUGGAUCAACCUUAGCGGUUCCAAUCAUCAUUGCACCAGCAUUAUGUGUUACGGAUGAUGUGGUUGUCGGAAAGCUGAUAUCUACCGUAUUCUUCGUGAGUGGUAUAGCCACUCUUUUACAAACAACUUUUGGUAACAGGCUUCCAAUAGUUCAAGGCAUUACAUUCUCCUACCUUGUACCAACUUUUGCUCUUCUGUCCCAACCUAAAUUUCAGUGUCCUGGAUUAAAAGACACCAACAAUACAGAGAACAGUACCUCGAACUCAGACGAGAUUUGGCAAAUUCGAAUGCGAGAGGUUCAAGGGGCUAUCAUGGUAUCGUCUUUGUUUCAAAUCCUUAUUGGCUUUACCGGACUGAUCGGUUUUCUUUUGCGUUUUAUUGGUCCUAUAACAGUUGCACCCACAAUUGCACUAGUUGGCUUGGCAUUAUUCCCUGUCUGCUCUGACUAUGCAGCUAAACAUUGGGGAAUUGCAAUCAUAACAAUUGCUGUUAUAACAAUUUGCUCUCAGUUUCUAUCUCGGAUAAAGAUUCCUUUACCCACGUACUCCAGACUUAAAGGUUUUCAUACAACGGGUGUUGCUAUAUUUGGAUUGUUUCCCGUUGUUAUUGCAAUUAUUGUGAGCUGGAUAUUUUGUGCCAUCUUCACCGAAACAGAUGUUUUCUCUGCAACUUCAAAAGCCCGAACCGACUCAAGAUCAUCUGUACUUUCACAGUCUCCUUGGUUUAGAGUCCCAUAUCCCGGUCAAUGGGGAACUCCUACAAUCAGUUUAGCUGGUGUAUUUGGAAUGCUUGCAGGAGUGAUUGCAGGAGUGAUUGAAUCUGUUGGAGACUAUUACGCAUGCGCACGACUGUCUGGAGCACCGCCACCACCACCGCACGCAAUAAACCGCGGCAUUGGUGUCGAAGGUGUUGCAUGUUUACUUGCAGGGGCAAUUGGUACUGGAAAUGCAACAACUUCUUUUAGUGAAAACAUUGGAGCCCUGGGCAUUACUAAGGUUGGCAGUAGACGAGUUGUUCAAUGUGGUGCAAUUCUUAUGAUUAUACUUGCAUUAUUUGGAAAAUUUGGCGCUUUUUUUUCUACUAUUCCUGAUCCUGUCAUCGGUGGAAUCUUUUGUGUUAUGUUUGGUCUUAUAACUGCCGUUGGAAUAUCUAAUUUGCAAUUUGUUGAUUUGAAUUCCGUGCGCAAUCUUUUUAUUAUUGGUUUUGCAAUUGUUAUGGGUUUGGUGAUACCAGAUUAUCUUAAUAAGAAUGCGGGUGUCAUCAAUACGGGUGUUGAUGAGUUGGAUCAAAUAUUCACAGUAUUAUUGAAGACAAGUAUGGCUGUUGGUGGAACAAUUGCUUGUCUCCUAGACAACCUCAUUCCAGGAACUGUCGAAGAAAGAGGAAUAAAAGAAUGGCGCAAACUCACUGCUGAUCGAGCGACAUCGAAUGUUGCAUCCAUUCAUGUUUACGAUCUACCAUUUGGCAUUUUCAAUAAGUCAAAGUUUUCUAAAUUUAUUCCGUUCUUGCCAUAUUACGAUGAUGAAACAGAAGUUUUUAAUAUGGCUGAGAGAGGAAGCUAUAGCCUGGAGAUUCCUUCAUAAGUCCGUUUGUUUGUUAUGCACGAUAACUGUUCCUGGAAAUCGGUGUAUUCAAUGAUAAAAAUUAGAUGAAAAUGAAAAAAAAAUCCAUUUUUAUUACUGGAUUCAUUUUAUUUUCAUUCUUUUGAAUUUUUGAUGUUUUUUAGAACACCGCAAGAUAGUAGUCAUCAUACCUUCCAACAUUAAUGUUUUUAUCCAAUAAUAUGAAAAUAACUAUUAAUUAAUAAUCGUCAGAUUCUUCAGAGGAA